UUGGUCUCCUCCGUCAAUGUCCGCCAUUUUUUUUUCGAGCUUUGUCUUCACGUCGCCUCUUUUCACGUGAUUCUCUCUCUCUCUCUCCCCCCACCAUCUUCACUCUCUCUCUCUCACUAGACACAUUGACUUUGACCCUUUUCUCACUCUCUCGCUCUCUCCCACUCGUUCUCCGCCACCAUGCCUCCGCUCCCGCUCCGCCUCCUCGUCGUCGUUGCCGUACUGAUCCUCGCCCCUCGUCUCGCCCUCUCCCACCUCUGCUCCACCCCACCCGGCGACCCGUGCCCGCCCUUCCCCUCCUCCUCCGCCCCGCCCUACCCCUUCUCCGCCUUACCCGGCUGCGGCCACCCCUCCUUCCAGAUCCGCUGCGCCUCCCCCCACUCCCUCCUCUCCAUCAACGGCCUCUCCUUCUCUCUCCUCCGCUACGACCCUAACUCCUCGUCCCUCACUCUCUCCCCUUGCCCCACGCCUCCGCCCUCCUCCCUCGACAACUGCUCGUCGCCGCCGCCGCCGCCUCGCUCCUCCGCCAUCCCGAGCCGCACCAUCUCGCUCUCCGGAUCCCCGUUCCGCAUCUCUGACUCUUCUUGCUCGCGCCUCUCCAUGCUCCGCCCCUGCCCGCCGCCAAACCUCCCCAAUUGCAGUCGCUGCCCGUGGGAGUGUAAGCUCAUCAAGAGCCCUAUUAAUCUGCUUCGCGACUGCGGGUCCAAUGCGCACCGUUUCAGCUCCCAGCAGGGUUGUCAAGCUGACGUUCUUGGCUAUCUCGAUAAUGUCUUGAACUUUGGCAUCGAGGUCGAGUUCGACUCGGCUCAGGACUCCUACUUCGCGAGUUGCCCCGCUUGUCGGGCCGAUGGCGGUGUCUGCGGCUUCAACUCCUCCGACCCGGGAAAGCAGUUUAUCUGCUUCCGCUCGCAGUCCCGGAUCUCGCCGCCGUGGAUCCGGCGCGGCAACCCGAACCGCGUUGCUGCGCUGGGGCUCAUCUUCGCCUUGACGUGCCUACUGCUUCUGUUUUCGGGGAUCGUCACGAUCUUCCGGUCAAGGCGGCUCGGGGCCGCCUCUUCCUCGGAGGAAGAUCCGAACGUCGUCUUCCUCCGCCGCCACCGCUUGGCGAGCCUCCUCCCGCCGGUGUUCACUUACGAGGAGCUUGAGGAAUCCACAGACCGGUUCGACCCGAGACGGAAGAUUGGCGACGGCGGGUUCGGGUCGGUCUUCCUGGGGAGGCUACGAGACGGCCGGACCGUCGCCGUAAAGCACCUGCACAAGCACCACAACGCCGCGGCGGCGGGGCGCGCGUUCUCCACCAAGUUGUUCUGCAACGAGAUCUUGAUACUCUCGUCGAUCGACCACCCGAAUCUCGUCAAGCUCCACGGGUACUGUUCCGACCCGAGAGGACUACUCUUGGUCUACGACUAUGUCCCUAACGGGACUCUCGCCGACCACCUCCACGGUCCCAAGAGCUCGCACAAGAAAGGCUCGCUGACGUGGCCGGUGAGGCUUGACAUGGCGGUGCAGAUCGCCACGGCCAUCGAGUACUUGCACUUCUCGGUGACUCCGCCGAUAGUGCACAGGGACAUAACGUCGUCGAACAUAUUCGUCGAGAAGGACAUGAGGAUCAAAGUCGGUGACUUCGGGCUCUCGAGGCUGUUGGUAUUCGACAGGACGGGGAACCCAUCAUCUACGACCGAUUCAGAGUACAUAUGGACUGGUCCUCAGGGGACGCCGGGUUACUUGGACCCGGACUACCACCGGUCAUUCCGGCUGACGGACAAGAGCGACGUGUAUAGCUUCGGGGUGGUGCUGCUGGAGCUGUUGUCGGGGAUGAAGGCGGUGGAUCAGGAGAGGGCCAAGGCGGAGAUGGCGCUGGCCGACCUGGUGGUGUCGCGGAUACAGACGGGGAUGCUCCACGAGGUGGUGGACCCCGCGAUGGCGGUUGGCGGCGGAGGGGAGGCAGCGAUGGAGGAGGGUGUCUCCGCCGUGGCUGAGCUGGCGUUCCGGUGCGUCGCCGCGGACAAGGACGACCGGCCCGACGCGCGGGAGGUGGCGGAGGAGCUCAGGCGGAUCAAGGGGCGAGCGCGCGGUGGGCCCGGUUUGAAUAUCGCCGCGGCAGUGGUCCCUGCCGACGUGGCAAGGGAAUGAAUUGUGGGGCGGGAGUAUUUUUGUUAAAUUUGAAGAAUUAUUGGGAGACAACGAAUUUUAAGAGAUGGGGUAAAGCAUGUGGGAGAAGUUUGACCGGCGAUGCGUGAUGAUGGAUGGAGGUUGUUGUCAGAAGAUAGUGUGGUCAUCUCUGGAGGCAGAGAUUUAUAGGGUGGCGUUGAUAGAUCUUUUUGUCUUCCCUUCGUAACAUGUCUCUGUUCUGUUCUGUUCUGUUCUUCUUGGCUUUCGCACGCAGAUUUUUUGAACUCUUCUGAGAUUUGAUUGGGUUUGUGUUUUGCCACCGAAAAGACAAGGAGGGGCGAGAGAGAGAGAGAGAGAGAGAGUGAACUACGCUUGUCAUUAAUGCUUAAUGAAUGGGCGGUUAUGAUUAAGGUCAUUAAUGGAAAGAUCGAUUUCGGCCGUG